AUGGCGUCGGCGUCGCCGUCGCGGCUGCUGCCGCCCUUUCCCCCUCCAGCUGCCCCAACAUCCCGCCACACAACUCUCCGCGCCGUCCCUCGCAGCUGCAGCCUCGCCAUCCCGAGCCUCCGGUGCCGCGCCUCCGCUCCAGCGGCCGUUGACGCUGGCGCGCCGCUGCUGCUAGAGGACCGCGCCGGCGCGGUGUCCAUCCGAGAGUUUGUCACGCUCGAUGAGCUCCACGCCGCCGUGCGCCUCCGCGUUCGCACCUUCUACGAGUACGCCCGCGACACUGUCGGCGCCGAGGUGAACAGGAAAGGUCUGGCAGAGAGGGAAUAUGAAGCAUUACAAAAUCGGAUUUCUGGGAAUAUGAUUAAUUUUCGGAGAGUCUCUUGUAUAAAUGGGACAGUGCCACUGUUGCCAUCGUUGAUGUCAGCAGAGGAGCUUUGUUCAACAUGCAAGUUUGUUGAAGAUGGGGAAGAGAGAAUAGUAGUUGGUAGUUUAGACCUGAAUCAGUGCCUCUGGCUACCAGAUGAACUGACUGGAAAGAGGCCAGGGGUAACUGAAUCAAGCCAUACACGGGCAUAUCUGAGCAAUGUAUGUGUUGCCAAGGAGCUCCAAAGAUGCGGACUGGGCUAUGCAUUGGUUGACAAGUCUAAGAAGCUUGCUCGUCAAUGGGGCAUAACGGAUUUGUAUGUCCAUGUUGCCAUCAACAACGAGGCGGCACAAAAGCUGUACAUCAAGAGUGGAUUUGUGUACGAAAGCGAGGAGCCUGCCCAGCAGGCUAGGCAUCUUGGGCGCCCCCGAAGGCUUCUUCUUUGGCUUGAUAUGAAGAACGAAACCUUGUGA